AUGAGACCAACUCUUGCUAAUCUAUUUCGCGAAUCUCCCGUGUCUUUGCUGACGAGGCCCUGGAAAAAAAAUCGGGACGGUACACUAUUUUACGGUGUUUCCAAGUCAGGAAACAGAAGAACUGCCUUGACUACAAAGCAAGGGAACAAGACGCUAUAUAAAGGUACUCGCUCUUCCCGUAUUGGUAAGCACACAAGGUAUGGUGGUUAUACUAUCAAUUGGGCCAAAGUGCGUACGUUCGUGACCCCAAUGAACUUCAACUCAGAGCUAAAACCUCUGGUAAGUCAUAAUGUGCCCGAGCUAAAGCACAGUUUUCAAGGAUAUCAAAAGGGUGCACUGGAUGCACAGCUCUACUUCCAAAAGCUGCGGAAUUACGUCAACGAAGGGAAAGUACAGAGUGAAGCAUCGGAUGUUAAAUGCUAUGUUGAAAGAGGAUAG